CUUGUCCUCCCCCAUGCUGACCUGUAAGACGCCUCCACACGCCGUUCUCUCCGAACAACCCGUGAAGCUGACGGUGGAUUCGGUGGAGCUUCACGCGCCGGUGCGGUUCACCUACAACCAAGACCCCAUCAUCAACAGCAUCCAGCCCUCACGCUCCUUCGUCAGUGGAGGCUGCACCGUGUCGGCUCACGGUUUCUUCCUGCAGUCCGGCCUCCAGCCUCAGAUGAUCCUCAGCACCGGGCCGGAUGCGGAGGUCUUCCAUGUGGUGAGUGCCACGAGGG